CGGAAACCAGGGCUUCAAUCUCAAGAAAAAAAGCCCAUUAACAUUCCCAGAACUGAAUGGGACCCACCAACGACGGACUUCUGGAAUACUCAAGGUUUGGUCCAUUACAAUUCACAACCGGCGAUACUCGCCGGAGCUCAACUCUCAACCGUUGAUUUCAUCAACACCCAACACAUCGUAGGUGAAGAAUAAGCCACCGUUCUCCCAUGUUUUCCAUCUCCAAUGCCCUCUUUCUCUUCCCAAACUCGCAUUUUCAGAGUCCCAUUCCGAACCAAACCCAAUAACAAGAAGCCCAAGAUCAAGCCUCCCUGCAUCGUCCAAACCUUCUUCAACCUCUUAUCUCAAGGCCACCUCACACAAGCCGUCGAAUCACUAGACCUCUUAGCACGUAAAGGCCUGCGCUUAGACUCAAAAACGCUUUCUCUUCUCUUAAAAGAGUGUGCAAACUCUAAUUCUUUGAAAGAAGGCAAAUGGGUUCACCUCCAUUUGAAGCUGACGGGUUUGAAACAUCCGAACACGUUAGUAUCGAACCAUUUGAUAUACAUGUAUUGUAAAUGUGGCGAUCAUGCCGAAGCUCGUAAAAUGUUUGAUAAAAUGUCUAUGAGGAAUUUAUACUCCUGGAACAAUAUGCUUUCUGGUUAUGCAAAGUUAGGAAUGGUGAAGCCAGCGAGGAGGUUGUUUGAUGAAAUGCCUGAAAGGGAUGUUGUGUCGUGGAAUACAAUGGUUAUUGCGUACGCUCGAAUUGCGGAUUGUAAUGAGGCUUUGAGGUUUUAUAAAGAGUUGAGGAGAUCAGAUAUUAGCUUUAAUGAGUUUAGCUUUGCUGGGGUUUUGACAGUUUGUGUGAAGUUAAGGGAAUCGGGACUUACCAGGCAAGUUCAUUGUCAGGUUUCUGUUGCUGGGUUUUUGUCAAAUGUGGUUCUUUCCAGUUCCAUUGUUGACGCUUAUGCAAAAGGUGGGGAGAUGGAUGGUGCAAGGAGAUUGUUUGAUGAGGUCUCCAUAAAGGAUGUCCUUGCUUGGACCACUUUGGUUUCGGGAUAUGCUAAGUGGGGAGAUAUGAAAUCAGCUAGAGAACUAUUUGAUGUGAUGCCAGAGAAGAACCCUGUCUCUUGGACUGCUUUGAUUUCAGGGUAUGCUCGCAAUGGCAUGGGAUACAAAGCCCUUGAGCUAUUCACAAAUAUGAUGAUGUGGUGUGUGAAACCAGAUCAAUUCACUUUUAGUAGUUGCCUAUGUGCUUGUGCUAGUAUAGCUUCACUUAAGCACGGUAAACAAAUCCAUGCCUCUUUAAUAAGGACUGGUUUCAAACCUAAUACUAUUGUUGUAAGCUCUCUCAUUGACAUGUAUUCGAAGUGUGGAAGUUUGGGAGUUGGGCAACAGGUUUUUGAUAUGAUGGGUAACAAACAAGAUGUUGUGUUGUGGAACACAAUGAUAUCUGCCUAUGCCCAGCAUGGUUAUGGUGAGGAUGGAAUAAUAAUGUUUGUUGGCAUGGUGAGAUCAGGUGUGCAACCCGAUAGAAUCACAUUUGUUGUCAUUCUUAAUGCAUGUAGUCAUUCAGGGCUUGUCCAGAAAGGCCUUAGCUAUUUUGAGUCAAUGAGUCGUGAUUAUGGCAUUGUUCCGGAUGAAGAACAUUAUGCAUGCCUAAUUGAUCUUUUGGGUCGAGCAGGAUGUUUUAAUGAGGUGAUGAAUCAGCUUGAGAAGAUGCCAUGUAAACCUGAUAAUCGUGUUUGGAAUGCAUUGCUUGGCAUUUGCAGGAUACAUGGAAACAUAGAGUUGGGAAGAAAGGCAGCUGAACACCUUAUUGAGUUGGAGCCUCAAUCCUCUGCAGCAUAUGUCCUACUUUCAAGUAUUCAUGCUGCCCUUGGGAAGUGGGAUUCUGUGGAGCAAGUGAGAAAGCUUAUGAAUGAGAGACAUGUGAGGAAAGAGCGAGCCAUUAGUUGGUUAGAACUUGAAAAUAGACUACAUUCUUUUACUGUAUCCGAUAGGUUGCACCCUUCGAAAGAAGAAAUAUACUCAGUUUUGGAACUAUUAGUCAGUCAGGAGAAACAUGAGGACUUGUUACAUGAUUCUGAGAGAUAAACCUUUGAAAUUUUCUUUUUGCCAGGUGAGUUCCAAACAAGAUAUAAGAAUCGUACCUCUGCGAUGUGUCAGCUUUGUAACAAUUUUCUUUGUUUGUCUCAAGUGGGCAAGCCUUAUGCUGUUGAUCCCUAUAAUUGAAUCUUCAUAAUGUUGCACCCAUCAUAUUUUUAUUUUCAGGAAAUAUUUUGAUAAGGGGAUUGGUUGAAUACGUUGUGCAUUUUUAUCAUGUAUUCAAUUUUUUUUGCCAUUAAAUUAGUAUAAGAGAUUUGUUCUUGCAAUCUUUCGUCAAACACUGUAGUGUGUGUGUGUGUGAUUAAG